UUACAAAUAUUCAUGAUGGCUGCAAAACCACAUUUUCAGCUGCCAACAAUCAUUUUGGUUCUCUCUAUUGGGCUUGCAAUUGCGGCCCUUGCAAGUGCUUUCGAGCUCACCUCUCCCUCACCCUCGCCUUCACCCUCGCCCUCACGCUCUCCCUUUGGAUUUUUGAAGCAUUUGAAGGGAUGCCAUAAGGGCGAGAAAGUAAAAGGAAUCAAACAACUCAAGAACUACCUUGAAAAGUUUGGUUACGUUCACUACGACCACUCUAACAAAUCUCACUCUGGUGACGACGACUUUGACAAUCUCUUGGAGGCAGCCGUGAAAACGUACCAAAAAAAUUAUCAUCUUCGUCCCACCGGAGUUCUCGACGAUGAAACCGUGUCAACGAUGUCUAUGCCUCGAUGUGGUUGCCCUGACAUCAUUAAUGGCACCAAUACAAUGGAGAGAAAGCACGGCCGCCACCUCGGAUCCCUACGAAGUGUGGCUCAUUUCACAUUUUUUAAUGGAAAUCCUAGGUGGCCAGCUGGAAAAACCCAUCUAACCUAUGGUUUUCAACCCGGAGUGACUUCCCAAUUCUCCAAUAUCAUGGCCAGAGCGUAUAAUAAGUGGGCAGCUGUCACCCAUUUCACAUUUUCCCAAGUCGACUUUAAUAGUGCUGACAUGAAAGUAGGGGUUCAUGGUCGGGAAUCAGGUGAUGAUACGUUUGAUGGGCCUGGAGGCGUGUUGGCCCACGCAUGGGCUCCAACGAAUGGACGGGCACACUAUGAUGUGGAUGAGAAUUGGGUAGAUGGUGAGGCCCCUGAUGCAUUCGACUUGGAGACUGUGGCCUUGCACGAGAUUGGUCACCAGUUGGGAUUGGGGCACAGCGAGGUUCAAAAUGCAAUCAUGUGGUCGGGAAUUGCUAGUGGAACAAGAAAGGGCUUACACCAGGAUGAUAUUCAAGGAAUCAAGACUUUAUAUGGGGUUUAAGAGAAGAAACGAAAGUUCUAAAAUUUGAAGAA